AUGUGUGGAAUACUAUCUUUAAUAUCACCCACAUUUAUCGCUCAUCCCACAAGUCUAGGGAAUUGUGCAAAUGAAUGGGAAUGUUCAGACUCGUCUGUUAUACGAUCAAUAUAUUACCAAGACUUAGAACUAUCAGUAUCUGACAAAAGGAAAUUGGCAAACCAAGAUAAACUUAAAGAUUUAAACAAUGAAUUGAUCAAAUUGGGUAACAACAUCAAAGUCGAUAAACUGAAGGAAAUAGAACAAGUAAAAAGUCAAAUUGAAGAGAUUGUGGGUAAAGAAACCGAAGAAAUCCCCGAGGAUCUUGGAAAUUCAAUAGAUCAAUUCAACCAUCUCAUCCCACAAAUAACUAGCAGAGGACCAGAUUAUAUUAAAUAUCAACAGUUUACCCACUCACAACUCAGUUUCCAAUUGUUUUCAUCAAUAUUAUCCUUGAGACAACCAUUUACAUCUCAACCAAUCGCUAAAGAUCAAUAUGUUCUUCAAUUCAAUGGUGAGAUUUAUGAAUCUGAUUGCGAGUUCACUAAUGAUACAGAAUUUUUGAUUAAUCAAAUUGUUGACCAUGGAAUUAAAGCUUUGGAAAACAUGAAUGGAGAAUUCGCUUUCGUUUUGCUCGACAAGGAAGAAAAUAUGGUUUAUUUUGGUAGAGACAAAAUAGGGAAAAGAUCCUUAUGUUAUAAUUUUGAUACAGAUUUGAUAAUAUCUUCAGUACCGUUACCAGGAUACGUUGAAUGUGAGGGUCAUAGUCUAUAUAAAUUUGACUUAGAUCUGUUGAGUAUCGAAAAGAUUGCCUACAACACUGGAAUGAAGUCUUUGGAAAUGGGGGACAUCGAAGUUGACUCCAAGAUAGUCGAAAUAUAUCAAAGAUUGAAACAAUCAACAUUCAUCAGACAAGAAACAAUAUUUCCAUUGAAUUCCAAGGAAGCCAAUUUGGCUGUUCUAUUCAGUGGUGGUAUAGAUUGUACUAUUAUAGCAGCAUUAUUGAUGGAGAAUUUUAUUGAAAUGAAACAAUUGUAUAACAUAGAUUUACUAACAGUUGGGUUUGAUAAUCCCAGAACUGGUUUGGACGCAGGAAACAGUCCUGAUAGAGAAUUGAGUUUGAAGUCAUGGUUUCAUUUGAGUAAGAAAUUCCCUCAAUUGGAUGUUAGACUCAUUGAAAUAAAUAUCGAUUAUGAAAGUUGGCUUUUACAUAAGAAGAAGGUAGCAAAAUUAAUGUACCCUCAACAAACUGAAAUGGACUUAAGUAUAGCCAUAGCGUUUUACUUUGCAAGCAAUAAAGAAAUUCCUUGCACAAAGAUGGAACUUAUUGACCAUGAAGUAGAAUGGGAUAUAUUCCUCAAAGAUAGAGCACAGUUCACCAAACAGACCGAAUACUUACUGACAGCUAAUGUUUUGUUCUCUGGUUUGGGGGCAGAUGAAUUAUUUGCAGGUUAUUCUCGUCACGAGUCAAUCUUUUCAUCACUUCAACCAGGCGUGGACCCUUCUAGCCAAUUCAAGGAAUUGAGCGAUCUGUUAAUUUAUGACAUUGAAAUCAUCCACAAAAGAAAUCUCGGACGUGAUGAUAGAGUCAUCAGUUCAUGGGGUAAAGAAUUGAGAUAUCCUUAUCUUGAUGCCAGUUUUAUCGAAUAUGUUGUAAAUGAAAUAAACCCAAAUUAUAAGAUAAAACUUGAGUUUUUCACCACCAAAAAGGGAAAGACUAUAGCCAAACCCAUCAGGAAGUGGAUCUUGAGAGAGGUUGCAAAACACAUGGGUUUAGAAUUUGUCCAGCAUGAACCCAAAAGAGCCAUUCAAUUCGGUUCCAAGAGUGCCAAACUUGAAAUUGGCCAGUCAAAAGCUAAAGGUACCGAUGCAUUAUGA